AUGGCUUCAAUUUCCCUUCCCCCGCAGCCUCAAGCGGGCUUUGCACAGCAUUUCGAUUCUCCUCCUCGAUCAGACACCAUUGCCAGCCGUCGCUUAACCAUGCCUCCCAUGCCGAACCCGCCUUUCAUCUUCCCUGCCCGAGAUCCGGAUGUUGCCGACCAGGAGACCGACCGUCAAACGCCGCCCGCUCUUCCGGCCUUUUCCUUCAACCCCGGCGCAGGCCAGUCACUCCAGCCCUCACCCGCACCCCCUCCAAAUCCGAGAGGCGGGGGUCACCGACGACGACCGAGUGAAUUCGUGGGAGGUGAUCAAUUAGUGACUCCAGAUACAGGGGUUGCUGUCGCCGACAAGCGGGAUGAACCUCCGUCUCCGACACCACAGCCCGCUGUCCCCUCAGGCCCUCCACCUGGCAGAGGACCUGGACGGCGGCAUCACGCCCAUCGUCGCUCGGCUGCGGUCUCUGGCGUCGACCUGAACGCCAUCCAAAAGGCACUGGGGUCCAAUUCGGCCGCUCCAAGUGUCCCAACUACCCCUGGCGAUCGCACCUUCGACUCGAAACAUGAAGAUAAUCAACGCCCACUCUCUUAUUCGGCGACGAGCAUUGGGCGCCCUACGCCUCCGGCAUCUCCCCAAUUUCCACCUGUCUCGUCUAUUCCUCCCGUUCCUCCUAUUCCUAGCAACAUUCAUCUUCAGCCUGCUCCGAUGACUGAAGAUCUAGAUAUUGGCCGACCUGUGUCAGCGGCAUCUCAGGAAGCUCCUCAGAUUCCAGCAGCUGCUCCCAUUCAACGUCCGGAUAAUACUGGACCCAUAGAGCAGGUCCCAGUCCAGAAGCGUACGACAAAGCCGAGGCCGAAAACCGCCGACGCUUCGCUAGCUUUCGAUUUGAUGCAGAGCCAAAAUGCGUCUGAUGUCACUGCAAUUAAACGAUCGAAAUCCACUGGACACUCUCGUGCUCACAAGAGCGUAUCCGCUCGGCAUCUUAAUCCUCACGCCAAUACUGAAACUGAUGCGCACUCGACUGAUACAUCUCGCCCCUCAUUCUCCGACGAUGGAUCCGAAUCUCCUAGCGACACAGAAGACGAAGGAGACGACCCUCAUGCGACGAAAAAAUCGCGAUCUAAGAAGAAGAAACAGAAGCGUGUUCGUCACUGGGCUGGUUCCCUUCUCGGCCGUAGCAAGGAAGUCGGGUCCUUCAUGGAAGUUGAUUUUGAUAACGACGAUGUUGUCGUUCUUAGAACUCCCACCAACACCGAAGCCCCAGUUUCGGCCGAGGAACGUGAUAAGGAUAUACCGCCUGUCCCAACCGUUUCCCUCGAAUCAGCGUGGAAACCCCGAAGCUUCUACGAACAAACUGCGCAGGAUGAAGUCUUGAGUAGCCCAAUUAUCGACCUCGAUGCUGCACUUGGACCCUUCAACACUCCCGAUAUGCGAUCAGGAAAAGGAAACUUGAGCAAAUUUACCGUGGCGUCCCAGCGCAUGUACAGUGGUGGGCGACGCGGUGAAUUUGUUGGUCCAGAAAUGCGAUAUCAUCGCCGCACUGAGAGUGCACCUAUCAUGACUCCAUUCGAUCGUAGUUCUCUGGGUCCCAUCCGCCUGGGCGGUGCCACUGGAGUCGAAACCCCAGAUGUUUUCUACGAGGAGGAAGAAGAUGAGUUUUUGGCUGCCAAUUCGUCACCCAGGAACGAACUCGUUUCUAGUCAGAUUGCAGCUGCGUUUUCUUCUACCUCGGAGGUGGAUAGCCAAUCGGCCAAAAGCGAUGAUACUGGUGACACUUUGACUCGGGCGCCAGAGUCUGCAGCUGAGACAGCGCCCACUCCCACAUCCGUAUCUGCACCCAUCGUCGAGCCCUUGUCUGAAACGACAGUUGAACCUACGCCCAAGCCUAGAGCCCCCCAGCAUCGGGGCCUCGGUAUUCAGGCGCCGGAUGAGGCUGAUAAUUCUCUCUCUGCAUUUGCGCCAAUGGAGCAGACUGCCAGACAACCUUUGCACAGUGCCAAUCCUUUUGGAAGGCCGCCUCGCAGCCCGGUGGAAAUUCUCAGGUCAGAGGAAUCUGUGGCUAGAGCACCGGGGCCUCCUAGUCCAGAUGUUUCCCCUGGUUUCUUAGCUGUUGAUAAGCGUCCAGCUACUUCUCCCCACGACCUUCAACCUAACAUUCCUCCGCUGUCUCUUUCUGCUGGAGUUUCGCCCUCGGAUUCGUCGUUCCCAUCACCCGAUGCGCCACGAAUGUUCAACGACCGUUAUUUUUCGAGCCAUUCAUAUCACCACCUUCCUUCUGAUUAUUACAACCACGCCUCAGUUGAAGAUGUUCCAUCUCUCACGAGCAGUGCAUCGACAAUGACCAACACGAUGAAUCGAUUUUCUGCUUCAUUCUUCCCUCGGGCUCGACUAUCGACUGACCGGGCCGCAUCCUUCUCUGCCGCGGUCAACCGGCGUAGCAGUCAGGCCAACGCAUCGAAGAGGUCUAGUCUUGCUAGUCUUUCCAAGUUGGUUGGCGGCCCGCACUCGGAGCGGAGCAAACUCUAUCAAGAAGAGAAGCCCCCUGGGGACUCGCCCGACAAAAGCAAGAAGAAGAGCCGCCGUAUAAGCAGACUGAUGCAUUUCUGGAAACUGAAGGACAAGGAGAAGACAAGCACAAUCACCGAGGUGGAGACUCCCUCCGAACAUCCUUGA